AUGAUGCAUGCCCCCAGUUUUUCUGGACUGCUCUACAGUAACUGUGGUUCCCAGACUGAGCGUGCCCCGUCCGGCUCCCCGAGGCACCGCAGCGCUGCCCUGCCCUGGUCCGGCUCUGGGCUCUGGGCAGUUGACAGGCGUCGCCCGCGCCGCGCUCCCGGCCCUGAUUGGCUCACCGCUGCCCCUCAGGCUAUCCCUAUUGGCUGCCAGCGAUCUCUCCGCGCCCGCCGGUUGGCCGUUCAGCCGUUGCCCUGGCGACGCGGAUGUUGUGGUUCCGUGGCGCGCCGGGAGUUGGGUGGUUGGCUACAGCCCUCCAGCCCUGUAAAAACUGCAAACCCGGACGCCGCGGGCAGCACCCACGGAGACCCGCGGGGAGCUGCUGCAGCUCCUGGCAGCGGGUCAGGCCUGCAUUGCCCAGCGCACCCGCGAACACCAGGUCCGGCAGCAUCUGUCUCUUCCCGCAGCGUGCAGCGCCCAACCAUGAGGAACACCAGCAAGGAACUGCAGGGCGCCACGCACCGCUACGCUCCCUGCGAUUGGUAUUACCAUGUCCCAGUGAAGCGCUCUGAGAAGGCCGUGGAUGCCCCGCCAGCGUCCCAGAUCCCAGGUCUCAGCAAUUUGGGAGACUCACACAGCGGGAACUUGCCUGGGACUCGGAGACACUGGAUAAAAGAAACAGAUUCUGAAUACGUGAAGCUCGCGAAACAAGGCGGCAGGCCCGAUUUGUUGAAGCACUUUGCCCCUGGGACCAGGAAAGGCUCCCCGGUGACCUACUCCCUGCCAGACUGGUAUAUCCACCACAGCAAGCCACCGACAGCCAGCCAGCGAGAAGUCCCAGUCAUCUCCAUGCCGGAUUACAUGGUUCAUGAAGAAUUUAACCCCGAUCAGGCCAACGGUAGCUAUGCAUCCAGAAGAGGGCCUUUCGACUUCGACAUGAAAACAUUUUGGCAAAGAGAGGCUGAGGAACUUGAAAAGGAGAAAAAAAAGCUGAGGCUACCAGCCAUUAACUCAAAGUAUCUGAGCAAAGCAGGCACCCCACUUGGCCCUAAGGACCCCACAGGAAGUAGACUCUCCUUUCCCCCCAUGUAAGUGCUCAAGCUACUCCCCCACUGUCUGCUCUGGGUUUGGGUUUGGCCUUCCAUCUUUCAUCCAGUGAUGGCUGCGCCAGUGACAGCAUCUACACAGCUUCCCGAAGCCCUGCCCACAGGCUGGCUUGGCUGAGCCCGCCACCUCCUCGCUGUAGUUUCCGUUCCUUUCUAAUGUCAUUUUACCCCUGUUGCGCACAUCUUCCCUUCCAGGUCAUGCUUGCUGCAGGUUGGCAGUGUGAAGGCCCUGCUUCUCCAUCAGGCUGUGCCCUGCCUGAAGCCCCUGCUGCAAUAUCACCCUCACCACAGUUCGAGGGGGCUGCUUGUCCUGCACGUAGGGCCGAUCAGGUCCUGACAUUUCUGUGUCCAAGGCCUGAACUCAGGCGUCCAUGCCUUGUAAGCUCGCUAGCUCUGUUUCCAGUUGGAAGAUACAGCAGGCACGUUGACAUUUGCUGAUCCUCCAGCUGGAGAGUGAAACCCCUGAGGCCUUAGGUGUCUUCUUACUCUCCCAGAAUCCAAGUUUAAUGCUAGGAUAAAUGUUAUUAAUUACCUGACUAAUUCUUCCAACGGCUUCUUGUCCAGUGGGGGAGAAACAGAUACAUUGUAUUGUGACAAAUGUCAUGAGAGCACCAAACUCAGGCUGAUAGAGAAGGAAAUACAUAUGUAUUCUGUGUUUAUAGAUAUGUAAGUAUAUGUGUAUACAUUGACAUGUCUUUA